AUGGAUCCCUGGUUCACAACUCCAAACAAUUUCUUCAGUGAAUUCGACAAUGUUGGUCAACAAUUUCCUGGCUCCCACCAACCUCCUGGUUUCGAUAUCCCAGCUCCGCACGAACAGGCUCCUGGCGGACAAUUUAUCGCAGACCAAAACCAUUUAUAUGCUCCACCCAAUCCGGCUUUUGACUCUUUCAUUCAAGGGCUCCAGGAUACCUCUUCUACUGACAACAUGGAUGGUUUGGGGGCCGCCCAAAUUACGCCUACUCCUAUAACAGGCCCUCCCCGAAAGAGUAGGAAGAAAAAGGCCCCGACUCUACGUGAUGAGGACUGGGAACCAUUUAAAGACCGAAUCCUCGAACUCUAUGAGACGCAAAAGCUGCCACUUGAGAAAGUUAAAACCAUGAUCGAGGAGGAAUUCGGCUUCACCGCUCAGGCACGGCAGUAUCAGAGCCGCAUAACCAAAUGGGGCAAAGACAAGAAUAUCAAGAAAGUUGAGAUGACAGCUAUCGUCCGGAAGCAUCAGCAGAGAGAGAUCCUCGAGCCCGGCAAAAGGAAGUUGUGUUUCACGGUCAGAGGCAGAGAAGUUGAAGCGGACAAGAUCGACCGAUGGAUGGACAGAAAUAAUGUCCCACGAAAUGAUUUGUAUGCUCCGAGUCCUGCAGCAUUCAAUUGCAGAACGAUUUCUGAGAGGGGUUCCCUGGCCCACAGUCCAGCCUUAUCGGAAAUGAAUCUCGCCUUCUCUUCCGGUGGCAUCACACCAGUAGCUCAGAGUCCAACGGCAUCUUCUCCCGCACUCUCCGUACGAGGGAUAAUUCAAGGCCGCGGCAGUACUUUCACUGGGCAGAGUCUGGCUCCUUUCUAUUCAGCUCUUCCAGCACAACUUUCGGCUUCUUAUCCAUCAGCUACAAGCCCUGUUCAUUCACAUUCAAGUUCUACAUCAGCCCUCCAGCAGUAUCGCUACAGACAAGCUGAUGAAGAUCGUCUACGAUCAGAACUAUCUGUGGCAGAGAUCCUGUUCGGGCCCGAAGAUGCUCGGACCCUCCAUAUAUUGACAAUGCUGGCUGAUAUUCUUCUUCAUCAAGGGAGAUACAAAUCCGCUGAAGAAAUGAUCCGCAGAGCGAUUGUAGGCUAUCAGAAGACAGUGGGGGGUGACGAUAUUCGCACUCUUGAUGCUUUGGAAUUCCUGGGGCAAGUUUUAAGACUUCAGGGCUUCUUUCGUCAAGCCUCGAAACUCCUGGAAGGAUUGCUUAAGACCAAAAGGCUGGCUCUUGGUGACGUGCAUCUAUCCACUCUGUCAUGUAUGGUCAGACUAUCAAGGGCGUAUUUGAGUCAAAGCCGGUGGGACGAUUCCGCUUUACUUUCUGAGCGAGUGCUAGAAAUAAAAAAGAGGGUAGGGGUUGAAGCGGACUACGAUACGCUGACAAGCAUGUCGGAUUUGGGGACUGCAUACAUGUGGUUGGGACGAUCAGAAGAGAGCGAGCAGCUAAUAGGACAGGCCCUCAAAUUGAGCAAGAAUAUCUUGGGGGAUGAGCAUCAUGUUAUUACGCUGUACUUCAUGUCCCGCCUACUAGCUUUAUAUGCAAAGCAGAGCAAUUGGGGUCAGGCAGAGGUGAUUGCAAUGCAAGUUAUCAAGACAUAUAUGAGAACAAUGGGCGAAGAACACCCCAACAUUAUGUUCGUCAAAGCACAGUUGGCUAGGGUAUAUGAAGGUCUAGGACAAUUAGAGAAAGCCGAAGAAGUAGGAGAGCAGCAUCCUGACACCCAGAGUACCACACAUUUCUUGAUAAAUAUAUACGAGAAACGAAAAAAAUAUGGCAAGGCUGAGGAUCUUAGGAGGAAUAUUGGGAAGAUGACCUUGGACGGGCGAGAGGAUUUCAUUUAG